UCUUUCUUACAGGGAGCUGAUCUUGAGCCUUGCGGUGAUUCUGUAUCCUGUACUUCAGUCCCAUCUGCAACACCUUCCUCUAAAAACAGACGUAGAUGCACCUCAGCAGCCGGCACUUUAAGCAGAAACAGACGGAGAAAACCAGCACCAGACAGCAGUGAGCGUCUCUCCUGGCUGGACCUUCCCAGACAGGACGGAGCCAGCGGUGCUCUGUCCGUCCCUCGGCUCCAUGUCGAAGAUAAAAGAGAAGGUGGUGCCAUCCAAGAGAAGCCACCUGAUGAGAUGGAGUGCCUCUACAACCACCUAAAAGCAGCCAGCUUGUCUCCGACUGGACAGUCCAAUCAGAGGGACUUCAGAGCUUCGUUCAUCCGACGAUGUCAGAACGACCAAGUCAACGAAAAGCUUCACCUGCUGCGAAUCCUGAGCAGCACAUUAAAGGCUAAAGAGUCGGAGCUGCUGGCGGUGGAGCAGAUCCUCGGUGACGCCACCCUCACGGCGCCCACGUACAGGAAGUGGAGACUGUCCAACUUGGUCCUGCUGCAGGACAUGAGUGGACACAAGCAGCAGGCAGCAGGAGGCUCCGAGCUCCGGGCCCAGGACGGAGUGUGAGCAGAGACCACGGCCCAGUUCACAGCAGGGAGGCAUCUGACAAACACUGUUUUACAUCGCUGUGGUCCAAAGUCUGUCGGUGACCACAAACCGUACAGCCCUGUUCCUGACCAGGAGAGAUGCUGGACAGAAAGCAGGCUCAUGUGUCGGGUCAGGCAGCGGUGCUGUGUGUGUUCUGAAGGGGAGCUUGUUUGUUUUUAAUGCUUUUCCUUUCAUUUCAUUUGGAUUCAGAGAUGCAACCUCCACCGUUACUCCUUCACUGGUGCCUUCUCUUUCAACACCAUAUGUCCCUCUGGAGGAGGAUGUUUUUGAUGGAAAUACUGGUUCAGUGUGGAUGGAGGCUAAAAUCCACUCAUCUAUUUUACAUUUUUCAAUCUGCACUUCCCACAAGAUGGAAUCUGUACUGUGGCUGUCUCUUAUCAGGAUCUUAUAGCGGUUAUUGCUGUAUGUGUUUUAAACGUUUUGCAGGAAAACAUUGUCGGAGUGGCACAAGCUGCCCCAUCCA